AUGGACACCAAACUCCAAGAUAGAGAUGGACGGUCUACUCAUCAGGAGCUUCAUGAAACGCCAUUAACCUCCAAAAACACAGAAUUGGCUAUGCUGCCAGUCUCACAAGCCGAGUACGAUAGACUCCUCCGCAAAGUUGACCUUCGCGUCAUUCCCAUCCUGGCAGUUUUAUAUCUGCUCAGUUUUCUGGAUCGAGGCAUUGUCAUGACCUUGACUGGGAUUGUGCAGGGGUAUUCCGGGCUGUUGGCUGCUCGGUUCUUUCUUGGAGUGACGGAAGCGGGAUUGUUUCCUGGUCUGGCGUUCUAUGUUUCGCUGUGGUAUCCUCGGAAGAACUCGCAGUUCAGACUAGCACUGAUAUUUGCCUCUGCCUCUAUGGCGGGUGCGUUUUCGGGACUAUUGGCCUAUCUCAUUAGUAAGAUGGAUGGGGUGGGUGGAUUAGAAGGUUGGCGAUGGAUUUUUAUCCUGGAAGGAUUACUCACUGUGAUUGUUGCAAUAUUCUCUUACUUUCUUGUUUGGGAUGAGCCUGCAACGGCGACGUUUCUCUCCGAACAGGAGAAAAGGGUUUUGCUGGAUGCGCUGAACUAUACGCAGACUGAGACAUCGACAAGACCUCAGUUGGGUAACGAGCAUUCUUUCAAAUGGAAGCAUUUUGUAGACGCGCUUCUUGACUGGCAGACAUGGUUCCACUGCCUCGGUUACUGGGGAAUGGCCUGCUCCGUAUAUGCACUAUCCCUAUUCCUGCCAACAAUCAUCAAAGGACUCGGCUACUCAGCAGCUCUAGCUCAACUCUUAACGAUUCCCGUCUACGCAGCAGCAACACUAUCCUGCAUCUUAGUCGGCUACUACUCUGACAAAACUGGCCAACGAAGCUUUUUCACCUUUGCCUGCUAUACAGCAGUCUUUGUUGGUUUCCUUAUCGCCGUCGCUCCAGUACGGUUUAUUCCUGGCCUGACAUAUGCAGGUUGUUUCAUUGCCGCGUGUGGCAUGUAUCCAGCUAUCCCAGGUCUUCUGACCUUAUCCUCCAAUAACUGGGCUCCAGAUGCUAAACGUGCUGUUGGUAUUGCUAUUCAAAUCGGGUUCGGCACUAUGGCUGGCGCUGCUGCUUCUAACUUUUAUCGGAGUGCGGAUGCGCCGAGAUAUCGUUUGGGUCAUGCUUUGGUUCUAGCUUUUGCUGCUCUGGGGCUGUUGGUCAUGAUCGUUUAUUAUUUGAUUUGUCGUAGAAUUAAUUCCCAGAGGGACGCUGAGGCUGAUCCGGUGCCUCGGUUUCCCGUGGAGGACUUGGGUGAUAAAGGGCCUGGUUUUAGAUAUACGCUUUAG